GUGCAACCAUCAUAUAGAACUAUCGAUACGAAAAUGCUGUUUGCGAGCUCCAUUAUACUUGUGUUAGCCAUUUCGGUAGCUGCACAGAACUCGGGCUUAAAAUGCGACAAAAGCGUCUUGGCAACAUCCUCUAGCAGCCCGUUAGCGUUGAGCGAUAUCGCGCUGGUGCUGGUGUCGUCGCGAAGCGAGGCCGCAGCGGAGUGGGUUACGGGCCAGCGGUUCUGGCGAAAGAAGGGCGUCGACAUCAUAAUCUUAGCUUCUAAUGUCACCGCUGACAACGAAUGGGCUGACGGCGCUGACAAGGGCGGUCGCGAAGCCUGGAUUCGUGCCGAAGGAGGCGACGAUGCGGAGGUUGCGGCGACAGCCGCUGUGAAAGCCACGGCUUUCUUGCGUGGAAACGGCGGCAAGAUACCCAAAUGGAUUUUCGUGACGCAAACACACUCGGUCGUCAACCUGCUGGCUCUCCGGGACGCGCUGGCCGAGCUGGACCCAUCUGAGCCGCACGCGGUCACAGACGCGCUGUUUUGCGAGCGGCGGGGUGCGGGAGCGGCCGCGCAGCAAAGGCGACUGCGCAACUCUCCGCCACACGCCAUUGGCGGGGCCGCCGCAGUGGGCGCGUGCACUCCCUGCCAUCACGGGAACUCCCUAUCACCGGCUGAGUGCGCUAAGAUUAAUCCUGGAGGCGGCGUUGCGCUCUCCUGGGCCUUGGCGGCGUCAUGCCACCCCUUCUCCGACACGGCCGCAGCUGAGGGUAUCCUGCGCACCGCGCUGGCACUUGGAGGAGGAGGCGCCUACUUUGCACAUGCGCCAACCGCUGCUGGUGGCAGCGGCGGCAGCGGCGGCGGCGCGGCACAUGUCGCGCAGGCGGCUGCCGCGCACUCGAUUGCGGCAGGGCUAUCGACGCUGUCGCGCGUGCUGUGGCUCUUUGGCGUGCCAGUCACGCCGGCUUGGGGCGAGGAGCCGCGCGUUGCUAUAAGCGCUGCAGCAGCGGCGGCAGCAGCAAAUGCUGCUAGCGGCGCGCAAGCGGGAGUGAACGGCGACACGCGCAUGGUUGUGAAGGGCGGUCGCUUCACGCGCGUGAACGUCCUGUCCGGUCAGCCACAGGGCGCGGGCGGGAGCAGUAGCGCCACGGAUGUGGCCACCCUGGCGGCGGCUGUAGCAGGCGGCAGCUGCAGCACCGCCGGCUGCCUCAAUGCCCUGUACCGGACAGUGGUGCCCACCGCGCCCACGGCGGCGCUGGGCGCGGGCCCUGCGGUUGCGGCGACGGUUGUGACGUCGGCUCUGUCAGCGCCGGCUGCGGGCUCCGCGGCGGCCGCGCAGCUGCCGAAGCUGUACGAGGCUUUGGUGGCUGCGUGGGAGAAGGCGGCCGUGGCUCGGAAGACGGCGGUGGCGUCGAAGUAUGAAGUGGUAAAGGAAAGGAAGAAGGCAGGUCGCACCUCUGACACAGCUGGCGCCAAGGGAACAGCUGCGGCAGCCCAGACGCCGACGGUGUGUCCGCAGCCGGGGCCGCUGCAACCCGGAGAGCGCUGGGAGGAGGGAGUGCUGCUGGUUCAAGUGGACACACGUGAGCCAGACCGCAUCAGACCCAACCCCUUCGCGCUGGGGUCCAACUACGUAAUGCCGCCCUACCCGCCCUGGCCCGAUUACGACGCGGGCGCAAAGUACGGCCCUGUGUUCAUCGGCGAGACCCCCAAGGUGGGCUUCUACCCGGCAGCCGGCAUGUACUCGUACACCUGCGACCCCAAGCAGCACACCUACUACUCGGGCACAGCCACGGUCAACCAGAUGGUGGCUGAGGGGCUGGGCAUGUCCUUCCGUCGCAUCACGUGGCCCGCGGCGGACCCAAGCGUGCGCUAUGGCACCUGGACCAAAAAUGACUUCUUCAUGAAGGUGAUGCAGUACGUGCUGUACGAGCAGUGCGGCCUGGCGGCGCCGGCGGGCGGCAGCAAGGCCAGCCGGCUGGGGGCGGCGCAUGCGGACAUCAUCAGGCAGAUCCUGCCGCCCGGCGGACUGCGGCUGCUCAUAUUCCUGGACGGGGACGUCUACAUACGCGACCCCCAGCUGUUCCACAAGCAGCUGUCGGCCUUCCACGGCGACCCCUCCGCCUGGCUGGCCUUCAGCGAGGAGCCCAACCAGCGCAACGCCUACAUCUCAGUCAGCCCGCAGGUCGUCAACACGGGUCUGCAGGUGCUGCGCCCCCGCCCCGAGCUGCUGCGCUACUACGAGGCGGUGUGGGACUCGCCCUACACACUCAACCGCACAGACCUGCUGAUGGGCUGGCCGCACGAGCAGGGCUGCCACAACCUGAUCACGUUCCAGGGCCCCAAGCUGCUGGAGAAGCACGUGCGGCGCUGGCCUUUCAUGGACUACAACACGCCGGGCGGCCGCGUGGCGAGACACGCCUGGGUCAUCCGCGACCAGUGGUGGCCCAUCCUGGCCGAGGACAUGGUUGCUGUGAGCGUGUGGCACUUCUUCCAGCGCCACUCAUCCUCCGUGUUUGUGCCCAUGCCGGCCUGGGCGCACAACCCAUAGCUAGACACGCAUGGCAGUGUGGCGACACCACUCAGAUCCCACCAGCAGGCCACGCAGCCAGGCGGGUAACCUUGUCACUUGGUGGGACACCAUCCACACAGGUAUAAGGCGUCUUAUGCGCUAGGCAACGUAGGGAGUGCGGACCAGUGUGGCCGUACGUACGUACGUACAGGCACAGCGGUGCGAACCCCCCAGCAACCGGAGCUGCACAACAAGGCGCAUGCAGGUUGCAUGAAGAAUACUGCAUACAGCGUGCUUGGUGGUGCUGACAAUAAGAUAGACGUCUGUGCAGUGUUCAAUGUUUCGAAGGUGCGUGGGCGACUACAGUCAUCUUUGUGAGAAGACGAAGAGCCUGACGUGACAAGGCAGGUAUGUACAUACACGGGUCACGGGUGAUGCGGGUUGUUCCCCGCGCUACGGCCAUGGUACAAAGCAGGUGUGGCGUAUCGGUGGCGAACUUGAGAGGGAGGGGUAGGCCACGGGGGUAGGCCACACGGGGGAAGGUUGCGACCUGCAAUACGGUCCACGGGGCGCCUGUGCAAGUCACCUGCAUCUGGGUACCAAGGGCCUAGAAGAGGCCCAAGAAUUGUGCUCAGUCUAUCUAGCAGUCAAAGUUGGUGACAGAAGAGCAUGACGGCGGUAGUAGUCAAUUGCUGUGCCAAAAGCAUUGCCGCGGUUUGUGGAUGCAUGUGAACGACGAUUAUGUGUGUGUGUGUGUGUUUCCAUAUGCAGUACAUUCAUUCUGCGACCUGGCGCCCGCAUUGGGUGUGCACACUGUGUGGCCACUUUCGGUAGUAGACUGGCUCAGCAGUGUGCCGGUCAGCGCCGGUGCCGGGUCUUGGCCAGGCGGCUGCCGGCUGAUAAUGACAGCGUAGAAAUUACUUUGGAGCGGUACGGUAGGACAUGGACGGCGGGUGACAGUCAUAUGAUAAUGGACUUGAUUUGGAGCAUCAGGAAUGGAACGGGUAUUUGCUGCUACAGAAGCACGAACACCAGUGCUCGGACCACUUGAAUGCCGCGAGGGCAUCGGGCCCCGGAGCCGUGCUUGCACUUGUAACUCAUGUCCGUA